AGAGGGGAAGAUGUGAUGCCUUGAGGGUAAGAAGCUAGCUGUACUGCCCUCCCCCCAGCUAACUAGCAGCACCUCACUUAUUUACUUACAUAUAAAGGGCGGAGGAGGCAGAGAUGUGACGAAGAAAGACGGAGGAGUAAAAGUAGUCAGAAAGAAGGCAAGAAAGCCAAAGUUCUUGGGGUUGUUGUUACCGUUGCUUCAACUUGCUGUUCUUGUUAAAGCUGUUACAGUUGCCGCUACUAACAUUGUUGUUGUUACUGUUUACUGCUGCUGCUGUUUUUUUUCCCUCUCACAUCUCCCUCAUGUAUUCCUCCGAGUUUGAGCUGAAGUUUUCUUUGCCUUUCUUUUCGCUUUAAUUUUUACCCUUUCACUUAGUUCUUAUUACCUUUUUACGAAGCCUCUCCUAACUAUUGAACUUACUUCAUUUCUUCUUGCCUUUCUCAAUCAGGCAUCCUUACCACUUACUGUUGCUACAAGUAUGUUAUUGUUAUCAUCAUCAUCAUCAUAUUUAGUAUUGUUAUUACUACCAUUAUUUCCAUGCUGAUAUUUUGGAGGAAGAUUUAAAAAAAACAGAAAGAAAACAACAGGAGAGAAGAAAGAAAAUACAAAACAGAACACGUGUAACAAGUGCGAAUAUUUUUUCAUUUUUAAAAUUCAACCUUUAAUAUUUUUUCGUAUACUAAUCUUGCUCUCAGACUUCUCUUGCUUUUCAAUUCUUUACAAACAUACGCACCCACUCACAUAUACAGAAUUCAAUACCUACCUCUUAGGAUUUUCUUCUAUUUCCACUUCGGUAAAGUUUAAACGUUGCCUAUUUUCCAUCCAGUAGUCACUCUUCUCAGUUCCAUAUACUAAUAUUAUUAUAUAUGUCUAUACCUAUAUACACUUUAGAUAUUUGGUAGUAAGUUUGGGGUUUUUGACAAUGAUCCGAAAGGAAUCAACAAUAUUUAUAAAGAAGCCAAAGCGCCAUGCAUUAACAAUAUACAACUUUCAAACAAUUUCUAUUUAAUGCAAACUGUUCAACAAUCAGAGAAGCUGCUUGAAUGUACAUACAAAUAUAACCACAAACACACUUAAAUCAUUCAUCAAAUCGUUCUAAAAAACAAACAAACAAUAAAAACGAAACUAUAAACAACAAACAAAAACGACCAUGCCUUAUCAUACUUUCUCAUUUCAAUAUAUUCAUGGGAUUUCUACAUAAACACUUAUUGGACAUACAUUAACAAAGCAUGAUAUCUCAUUACUAAAAAUCAAGAAUUUAUCACUUGAGAUCGCAGAGCUGAAUGAAGUAUUUUUAAGUAAAACUUGUAACCAUGAUGGCACAUCAUCCUAUUCCAAUGCAACUCUGUCAGGAGUUGGUCCUUUUGUUAAUUAUGAUCCUUGCUACCUUAAUUAAAGGAGAACUGAUUCAAUACUUAGAAGAACCAAUGUCCACUGUAGUACUUCAAAAUAGUCCAGUUGUCUUGACAUGUCCAGUAACACCUGCAUCAGCUCAGGUGCAAUGGUAUUAUCAAGGUAAACCCAUCAAUAAUGACUAUCAAGGCGUUAUGGUAAAUGGGACCAGUCUUUCCAUAAGUGAAUUCCAUUCUGGAAAUACACUAUAUUCCCAUGAAGGAAUGUAUUACUGUAUUGCAACUACUGAUGUUGGAUCACUCAUCAGUCAACCUGCCUGGCUGCAAGUACCUCUGUUUGAUGGUUUUGCAUCUGAAGAAGAGGAGGAAAAUAUCACAGUUCAUGUUAUUGAAGGUGGAACAGUGUCUUUACCAUGCAGCUCUGUUUACAGUCGACCUAAAGCACAUCUAGCAUUUGAAAAAAUAAAUGAUACAGGCAAUAGUAACUCAAGUUAUCCUAUAGUUACACCAUCCAACAAUUUAUUAAUCAGCAAUGUCCAAGUUGUAGAUGCUGGCAUCUAUAAGUGUGUUGCUACAAACCCUCUUACUAAUGAAACUUCAACAUCAAGCCAAACAGUAACAUUGAACGUCAUCUCAUUUGAAUCUGCCCAGAACCAACCACCAUUUAUAUUUGGUUCCAAGAAACCAACCAUCCUCAAUGUUCCUGAAGGAGAUGCUAUUGUAUUGGAAUGUGCUGCUUAUGCAAAGCCCUUACCAAAAAUAACCUGGAGAAAAUAUGGGGGCCAAUUAUCACAUGAUAAAAGAGAAGCUAAGCUUUCAGGUAAUUACAUCAUUAAGAAUGUUAACCAUCGUGAUAAAGGGACCUAUAUCUGCCAUGCUGAUAAUGGAAUUGGCAAUAAAGUGGAAAAAGUAUUUCAAAUAGAAGUAUUUGAACGUCCUAAAAUUGACACAGGUUAUGUUGACGUUGAAGAAAACAGUAAAGCAAUCCUCAGCUGCAUCAUUAACAAAAAGUCCAACUUUUCUAUCAAAUGGUAUCAUAAUGGUCAACAGAUAGUUAAAAGUAAAAACAUCAGAAUCCGAGAUACAUCUAUUGUUAUAAAGUCUGCUGACCUCUCAUCAUCUGGAUUGUACCAGUGUAUGGUGCACAACAUUCUUGGCGCCCUGUAUGCUGUGAUUCAAUUGGAGGUAAAACCUAUGGAGAACAAGAAAGACAAGAACAAUACACAGAUUCCAAUAAAAGAUAAAAAGAAAAAACAAACACCAAAUGUAAAUAAACCAAAAUCACACAGGAAAAAUAAGAAUGGAAGAUGGAAAGGCAGGCCCAAAACAAACAAAAGAAAAAACAGAAACCGAAAGAAAAAUUCUAGAGGCAAAUCUAAAAACAGUGACAUGGUGGUUCCAACCAAACCCAAGGUGACAAAGCAAAGUGAUACAUCUGUAUUGGUUGAAUGGACAAUUCCUGAUAAUGACGGCCUGGCAAUCAAGUUUUUCGUUGUACAAUACAAGGAAGUUUUCCCAAAGAAAUAUCAUUGGCAAACUGAAGAUGAACAAAUUCUCAGUAAAUACCGCAAAGUCACCGUCAAUCGUCUUAAAUCCGGUGCCACCUAUAAAUUCCGAAUAGUGGCAGUUUAUAGCAAUAAUGACAAUGCUCCAGGAGACAACUCUGACCCUUUUACAUUGGAAUCUGAUGGUGAUCACAGCUCAGUAAAGCGUUUAAUUGAUGGACCAACAAUUGUCAAAGUUGAAGAAUUAGUCGUUGACAAAAUUUAUGCCAUAGUUGUUGAAUGGAAGUAUAUUCAAUUGAAAUCAGUUCCAAUCAGUGGUUUUAUAAUUUUCUACAAACGUUACCAUUUGGAUGUAUCAUUUACCAACAUAACCCUCUACAAGCCAGUGCUGCGUAAACACAUAAUUAAAAACUUGGAACCUGGCACUGAUUACAGAAUUAAGAUGGAGUGUUUUAACAAACAUAGUUACAGUAAAUUCAGUAACAAAGUAGUUAAACGGACUUCUCCUGCUGAAGAUUCGUCGUCGUCAUCAUCAUCAUCAUCAUCAUCAUCAUCAUCAUCCAGUCCAUCAAAUUAUGAUCCAGGCAAGACACAAGUUACCACACUCCAAAAUAACAACCACCAUGAUCAUAGCAGUUUCCAGUCUAGUGGAGAAUUACUUUAUAAGAUUUUAGGUGGAAUUCUUUCAGUAAUGGUUCUUGUUCUCCUUGUUCUCAUAGUCAUGUGUUGUAUUCGACAGAGACAACCACCAUUUCCAAGAGCAUCAUAUUAUAAAGAAUCACUGAGCAGAAUGAAUGGUUCUUUGAGUAAUGGUUCCCACCAUUCCCACCAUAACCAGUACUGUCAACACAGCCCCAUACAACCAACACCAAAGUCCUACACUGUCACUGACCUAAUUGAUGGCUAUACUUCAGCACCUAUAUCUUCAAAACCUAUGUAUCCUGGUCAUGUUGGCAAUCAUGUACACGAAGAUAUGUACAACCAUUCUGUAGGAGAUUCUAACUGUAAUAAUAUUGAUCAGUCUAAAAGCCCACAAAUUAUGCAAGUUAAGCAUACAGGAUCAAAUAACAGCCAUCAGCAUGCUAAUUGCACUAAAUUAGAAAAACUGAAACCUGGUGGUUCUUUAAAUGGUCUAGAACGUAUACUGCCAGGUAAUAAACCAGGACACUUGAUGUCCUCUUCAAACAGUGUCAAUCACAGCUGUGGCUCAUAUGAAAAAAUGCCCACCGUGUCAAGUAACAAUUGUUUAUUCCAUCCACAAGAGAAUUCUAUGGUUCCAAAUACUAAGGAACAUUCACAACCUUCUGAUAACUUUCUCAUAAUGAACUCACACAACUCAAAACCUAAGAAGAGACGACAGAGGCAGUAUACAUAUGAACACUCAACACGAGACCAAGCCACCAACACUGACCUCAGUAGUAAUGGCACUCUGGAAUUUUCUCCUUUGAAGAAAUCACCAUCUAUACCCGAUAAAGAACUCAUUUCUUCAGCAUACAGUUUGUCCAAUUCAAAACCAAGUAUGCAGGCACUAAAUACAGACACUCCUAUAUUAGAAGAAAAUGCUUGUUGAGGGUUAAUCAACUUUAUAGUUCUUACCAAGAAUUUAUUAUCCUAACCCGAAGAAUGUUCAGCAAUGUACAUGUGUGUGUUGCAUGACUUGUAAUGUAACAUAACCUACACAGCUUGUUCAGAAUUUGAAAGCAAAACAUACAGGUUACACCUUGUAACAGUUUUAAAUACAUCAUCAUCAUCAUCAUUCUCAUAUCAUCCCCAUCAUCUUCAUCAUAAUCAUCAUUGUCAUCUUUUAUAAAUAUCAUAUCACUGAAGUAAAAAAAAUGUUUUGAGGAGUAAAAUUAAAUCUACAAAAUAAUAAGAGAAAAGACAAGAAGUUUCCAGAAAGAUUUUAUUUUUUCCCAUCUCCUGCAUUUUGACUUCCAAACAGGAUUAUCAAAACUUCUGAAAUACUAAUACUACUAAUGAUAAUAUCAAAAAA